UGCGCUACGACUGCUCUGGGAGGACUGGACGGGGCAAAAAUCCUGACCAUGACCCCCCAAAGGCUGCUGCCGCCACUGCUGCUGCUAACUCUGCUGUUCGCUGCCCGCCCAGGAGGCGCCUUGGCGCGGUGCCCAGGCUGCGGGCAGGGGGUGCAGGGGGGUUGUCCAGGGGGCUGCGUGGAGGAGGAUGGGGGGCCGCCGGCGGAGGGCUGUGCAGAAGCUGGGGGCUGUCUCAGGACAGAGGGGCAGCACUGCGGGGUCUACACCCCUAACUGCGCCCCAGGAUUGCAGUGCCAACCACCCGAGGACGACGAGGCCCCUUUGCGGGCGCUGCUGCUGGGUCGGGGCCGCUGCCGCCGGGCCCGCGCGCCCUCUGAGGAGAAUCCUAAGGAGAGUAAGCCCCAAGCAGGGACCACCCGCCCACAGGACGCCAACCGCAGAGACCAACAGAGAAAUCCAGGGACCUCUACCGCUCCUGCCCGGACCAACUCUGGCGGUGUCCAAGACACCGAGAUGGGCCCAUGUCGCAGACACUUGGACUCAGUGCUGCAGCAACUCCAGACUGAGAUCUACCGUGGGGCUCACACUCUCUACGUGCCUAAUUGUGACCAUCGAGGCUUCUAUCGGAAGCGGCAGUGCCGCUCCUCCCAGGGGCAGCGCCGAGGUCCCUGCUGGUGUGUGGAUCGAAUGGGCCAGCCCCUGUCGGGCUCUCCAGAUGGUGUUGGAAGCUCCCCCUGCCCCGCUGGGAGUAGUGGCUAAAGCUUUCGGGAACUGCAGGGCCACUGGCAGGAGCAUGGAGCUGUCAUCUUGAGUUAUUUGUUGAGUGAUGAGUAACUUGGGGCUCUGAACCCCAUGAUCCACCUUUAGGCCCUGCCCCGUUGUCUCUCUCACCCCCGAGUCCUUAUACAUCUGGUUGGAAAGAUUGCUGGUGUUGGCUUGGGGCGUUAAUAAAACUGUGUCAGGGGUCUCUGGC